GUAACUAAAUAUCGAAUAUCUUCUAAUGCCUCGUGCUUAUUGAGUCAGAAUGCCAGAGUGGUUAAUGCAACCAAUUUAUUAUCUGCAGUACCAACUGAAGCAAAACUCAACCAUUUAUUCAUUACAAUAUUUUAUUUUUGCCAAGUGGAAAUCCUGUUGUAAGUUGCAAUGCAACUGUUGGGUUGAAAUGUUAGAAUUGCUAUUGCAGCCAGUAUCGAUGUUACAAUACCAACUGCAACAAUCUCCAACAUUUGAUGGAACGUGUAGUUGGUGGUCUUGUUUUAGUUUAGCAAAUAAUGGCAAAUUUUGAUAACUUCGGAGAAUAAUAGAAAUCCUUUGGGAUUUCUAUUAUUCUCCGAAUAACCAAGCUGUUGAUGUGGCAUCAUUGUAUGGGAAUAAUACCCUUUUACGUCCAUCCGAAAUUGAAGUUUAAAAGUAUUAUUGUGUGACUAGAUAACAUUUUAUAAAAAUAUUUAUUACAAAACAUCCAAAUUAUUCAAAUAUGACCAGCUAAUUACAAAAAAACUUUAAAAACGAUAUUUUUUGAAUCAGUAAGUAAAAAUAAAGCAUAUAUAUAUAUACAUAUGAUUUCUCAACAAUCCUUUUGUUUUAUAUAUUUUUUUAUAUUCGUGAGAGUUUGGGGAAUUUAAUAAAAAGCCAUAAUGUCGAUCGUGUGUCAUUAAGCUUGCAUCAGAUUUCCCAAAUCCGUCAUAUUUUGGUGAUGUAUUUCUCUUUGGUGCCAAAUAAGCACAGACCUAAUAAGAAUAAAUACAUGAGUUAUGAACAGAUUAGCAGCAGUGAUAAGAUGAAGGGCGCAACCAAAAAAUCAAGAAUAAGCUUUUUUAUUUAACACCAAAGAGCGUAGUAUUUUAGAGUUGUAAUUGUGUUAUAACUGAAUAUUAUGUACCAAUGAUACUAUUGUGUAAUAAAACAGAAAUAGAUUGCCAAUAAUACAAGCCAUUUUAAGAAUGUCACAUAUCUUCUUCUCGCUGUUGUGAGAUAUUUUGAAGUAAUUCUGUUUUCACUAGUGGUAUUACAAAGGUUUGGUGCUAGUGUGUGCUUUACACAAAAUCGCAGAUCUUAAUGUUGUUUGUAGAUAUGUCUGAUAUAGAAUAUAAUACCGAAUUUGCAAAUAAAGUUACUCAAGCCUGCUUCGAUGUCUACAAUAGUAUCGGAAAGAAAGGCAAACCACAAGCUGGAAGGGAAUGGACAAAGAUGUCAUGCAUUGUAAAGACGGAUUCAACAGGUGCGAUUGAGGUUCUUACGUUGGCUACUGGAACAAAAUGCAUCGGUGAAAAUAACAGAACAAAACGUGGUAACCUGUUGAACGAUAGCCACGCGGAGGUGCUAGCUAGAAGAUUAUUGAUGAAAUGUUUUUACAAAGAAGUACAGAACUGUCACAUUGGUGCAAAAGAAAGUAUGUUUUGUUAUUGUUGCGAAACUGGAAAGUUUAUUUUAAAAGAUGAUGUGAAGUUCCACUUGUUUUCUACUGAUGUCCCAUGUGGAGACGCUUCGAUAUUUCCAAGAGACAAAACAAUAUCAUAUCAUCGCGAAACCACAAUAAAUGGAAAGUCUUCCAAACGACAAUGUACAGAGGUUGUUGACAAACCUGAGAGUAAAAAGUUAUGUCGCACCGUACUCCAAACGAACGUUCAGUCACGCGUAGAAAUAGUUAACCAAUCGGAACCCGAAUUGGGUAAUACCAGCCAAUCAACACACUCAGAAGGGCCACGGGGUUUAAAUCAACCCAAUGAGGUCGUAAAGAAUAACCAAAUAAAAUUGACUCGAAUAAAUAAAAAUAUUAGUUCGAAAAUUAUCGAUAAAAGUUCGACUAAUAUCUAUGCAGGUUCGAAUAUUAGUGGUUUUGAUGCAAGUUCGAAUAGUGUCGAUACAACUUCGACUAAUAUCGAUGCAAGUUCGAAUAAAGACUAUACAACUUCGACUAAUAUCGAUGCAAGUUCGUAUAGUGCCGAUACAUGUUGGAAUAAUAUCGAUGAAAGUUCGAUUAAUAUCGAUAAAAUUUCGUCUGAUAUCGGUACAACUGUGACUAAUCUUGAUACGCAUUCUGACAAUAUCGAUACAAGUUCGAAAAAUGUUGGUAUGUCAUGUAUUACCAAAGAUAUUCACCGCACUGGUGCUAAAUGUGUUCCAAACGGAAAGCAAGACUCGCUUGAAGAUGGUGAAAGUUAUCAUGUAACUGGAGCCUUAAGAGUAAAACCCGGGCGCGGUGACAGAACCUUAUCAAUGUGCUGCUCUGAUAAGAUGAUGAAAUGGUGUAUACUGGGUAUUAACGGAGGACUUCUAUCGAACUUUUUAAACGCGCAAAUUUAUUUGACUUCAGUCGUAAUAAGUAACGGUGAAUUUAAUAAAGAUGCUUUGCUUAGGGCCAUGUCCACACGUGGUCGAAUUGUAAAUAACAAUUUCUUACUAGUGCAUAAACCACAUGUUCUUCGGUCUUCGUUGCGUUUCUGUGACAGUAAAGAAAUGAUUGAGCAAAAAUGCAGAAAUGUGGAAGGGAGAAUGACACCAGCUGGAACAGCCAUUCUAUGGUGUCCUUCAUGCGAUAUACACGAGGUAACAGCCAGCGGUAGAAAGCAUGGGAUAACGAAAAAGGAUUUAAAUACACCAAAAGCUAAAACUUCAAUAUGCAAGGAAAACCUUUUCCACGACUUCAAGAAAACAUUAAAACUGCUUCAAAAGGACGCAGGUUUCACUUCUUCAUCAACAUACCGGGAGCAUAAACGCGCAUGCCAACGAUACCGAAAAAUGAGAGAAAACUUUUUUAGUGUAUUCGACGACUGGAUUCGAAAACCACAAGAACAUGAGGAAUUCUUCUAAAUAAGUUUAAAUUUCUACGUACUUAUCUGUGGAUUAUAAUUUCACGAAACGUAGCUUUAAAUAUGAUAUUUUACGGGGUAAAAGUGGGUCCAACAUUUCAUCCAAUAUAACGUCCAGUUCAAUCAAUCUGGGUUUUACUUAAUUCUGAAAUAAGAUUAUAAUUUUGCGGAAA